AAGGAGCGGUUUGUGCAGGUGUGUAUGGUUUGUACUUGGUCUGGCAUGAACGUAUUUGAUCACUUGUUCUUCUCCUGGUCAAAAUGAACAAAAAGCCAAACAUCGAGAUUCUAAAGGAACCCAAAGGAUUCAUAAAAGGCAUCGAACUGAUCAUCACCAUAUUUGCCUUUGCCACUGUAGCUGGUUUUAUAGGUCAUGUUGAAUUUUUCCUCGACUGCAAAGAAACACCACCACAAAAACGCAAAGUUAGUGUGGAUUUUUACUACCCAUUCAGUGAGAUGGAAACAUAUGUCGCAGGAGAGACGUUCUGCAAUGAUACCCGACCAGGAAAAAGUCCACUGAAUUUGAACUACAGGUCUGAGGCUGAGUAUAUCGUCUUCACUGGCGUAGUAUCCAUGUUGUUCAUCAUUGUGGCUCUUGUUUACUACAUCUUUUUUGAAGAUCGAGCAAAGGAAGCCACUUCAACUGAUGUUGGUUAUUUUUCAUUUCCAGUUGUGGAUUUUGUCUUUACUGUUGUCCUGGUCAUCUUCUGGUUCACAAGCUCCAUAGCAUGGGCCGCUGGAUUGUCUGGGCUUAAAGACGCCACAGGCCAGACAGAAUUAUUUAAAAAUUUUAAACCUUGUACUCAAGGCUGUUCAUCAUUCAGUGGGGCAACUUAUGGAUCUGCUACUGUUGCUGUGGUCUUUGGAUUCCUCAACUUUUUUGUCUGGGGUGGCAAUCUGUGGUUCCUUUUUAAAGAGACACCAUGGCAUAGUCCCCGUUCUGGACAAAGUGGUGAGAGUGUGCCGCAGGAGCCUCCACGACAAGAUAUUCCUUCUGCCCCGGCAAUUUAAUCUCCUUUCUUUGCACUGCAAGGAAUGGCACAAAACAAUUUUGGACCAUGUUCCUUAUUGUGAAAAGCUGAACCAGUUACUGGCACACUAUUACCCUAUCAGAUAUGAGGAUUUAAGAUUCUGGCCGGCUGAGAUACUUCACAAAACAGUGAUUUCCAGUUUUUUCGUCUAAUUAGUUUGUGUAUUUUUAGUUGCAGAUAAAUUGUCUUUAUGGAUUACUCUGUUAGCAAGCAUUCAUUAUGAAACAUUUUUUUUGGAUGAUACCAAUUAGUCAGGUCUAAGGAGUGAUUAACAAUGUUAUAGAGGUUUUGCGCAGCAGCCAUGUUGGAUGGCAGAAACAAUAGAUUAUUUUACCCAUGGGAAAAUAAUUUCUUUCUUAUGCAAAAUAUUUUCAUUGUUCCUGCCAUCCAACACAGCUGCUGUGCAAAACUUCUAUAGUCAUAUGCCAUGGAUUAAUAAGCAGUUUUUGACUGAGGUGGAGGUCCUAAUAUAAUGAUAUAGAUAUAUGUUAUUUACUAGGCUUGACGUUGUAUGGGAAAAGUCUGUGCCCAAGAACUUGAGUGCCUUGCAGGGCCGACAGCAGAGGGCUGUAUUUAAGACUAAGGUGUCAGUCACUUCCCCCUAUGAACCACCAAUUUUUUUAACUGCUGUUUUUUUUUUUUUUUUCUUUUUUUCACUUGGCCAUUGAAAAAAUUCUGGACCAUGGUCCAUUUUGUAAAAGGCUGAAAUAGUUACAAAUAACCAAUCAGAUUCACUGGUUAAAGAUUCUGGUCUUCUCAGAGUAUAACAUUAGAACCAAGAUAAUUGAAACACCUUUAGAACAAAAUCAUACUCUUAAGAAAAGGAACCUUUUUGUUUGAUAUAUCUCAGAUCCUCUUUAUAAACUUUGAACUUAAACUAAAACUUUGAACAUAGAUGCUUAAAAUCUCUAAAGCCCUUGUAUUAUCCCCCUUUUCGUAAGAAAGAAUUUAAUGUUUGGUUUCAUUUGUUGUGAAUGGUUCAUCACUAUUUUCAACUAUAUCUCAGUCUAUAAUUGCUGUUUUUUCUUUUUUGUCUGUAAUUUGAAUUAUACUUUUCUUUUGUCAAAAUACUGUGUUUACCUUUUGUAAAUGGGUCAUUUUUAGACAAAACAGUAACAAAAAUGUAUCUGUUAUUCAGAUACAAGCUUUCAAUAACAGAAUCAAUUCAAAGUGUGCCUAGUAUUUGUGUAAAUUAAAAACUUAAGGAUAACAGUUCUGUGUUUUCGUCAUGUUUAGAGAAGCAGCAUUUGCUCUGUUAAUUUCUGAAACUUGAUGAUGUAGGGUCACUUUUACUAACUGAAUGGAAUUUACUGCAUCAUGUAGCUUCAUUGAAGAAAGACAUUCUGUCUCCAAAAGAUAAAUACAAUCCAAGAGACUUGUGCAAAGGGGUACUUCUAACUCGUUGCCAUCAUUAAUGAAAAUCAGGUCAAUAUUUGUAGGUCAGGACAUUUUUCUUGAAUAUUGUAUGUUACAUAUGCUUAACUUGUGUAAUCAAUUAUAUUCAUGCAGUGUUAUUGGUGA